UUUGCAGUUGUAACUGGAUCUACAGAUGGUAUUGGAAAAGCUUAUGCUGAAGCUCUUGCAGCUAAAGGCUUUGAUAUUGUCUUGAUAAGUAGAACUCCAGAGAAAUUAGAGUCUGUAUCUGAAGCAAUUGAAAAGAAAUAUGGUGUAAAAACAAAAACUGUUGCAGUUGAUUUCACCGGUGAUUCUGUUAUCUUUGAUACUAUAAGGAGAGAAAUUGAAGGUCUAGAAAUAGGAGUUUUAGUUAAUAAUAUUGGAAUGAGUUAUGCAUAUGCUGAGUAUUUGACUAAAGUUCCUCAUGCACAAAAGUUUGUAGAAAAUCUCAUAAAAGCUAAUGUAGUCUCCUGCACUCGAAUGAGCUUGCUUGUCCUUCCCCAAAUGGAACAGCGGCGAAAAGGAGUUAUUAUUAAUGUCUCCUCACUUAGUGCAUUGUCCCCUGUGCCCUUGUUAAGUGUAUACAGUGCUUGUAAGGUCUAUGUAAAUUUUUUUACUCGAGCUACUCAGGAGGAGUAUAGUUCUAAAGGUAUUAUUGUGCAAUCAGUACUCCCAGGCUUUGUAUCCACUAAAAUGUCAAAGAUGAGACCUAGUUUUACCACUUGCACACCUGAAGCAUUUGUUCGCUGGGCACUGAAGACUGUAGGAGUUGAGAGUCAGACAUAUGGAUAUCCAGUUCACAAACUACAGGUUUUCUUGGGAAAUUGGAAAGUAACUGGAGAGUCAUUGGGAAAUGACCUGGGUUGUUUUUAUCCAGCUGAAGGCACCACUGAUGAAGUGUGCCCCAAACUGAAGGAUAUAUUUAGUUUGCUACAGAAAGAAUCUUCAUGA